AUGACCAUCAAAUAUGGAAGGUAUUGCGGGGUGGGUUAUUCUGGUUGUCCAGGCGUGAAACCAUGUGAUGAUAUCGAUGCUUGCUGCAUGGGUCAUGACGAUUGCGUUGGCAGAUUCGGUACAUUCGACUGUCUUCCUUCUUUCAACAUGAUUUUUACAGGAGUGACUCAUGUGAAAUGUCAUAAAAGGUUAAAGAACUGUUUAAUUAGGGUACAAAGAGCCGGGAAGGUUGGAUUUUCAAAAGAGUGUCCGGUCAGUAUCGCAGCGCCUACCAUGAUACGUGGCAUGGACUUGGCCAUCAUGUUUAGUUCAAUUGGCAAGUGGCAGGGGUGGCCCUGAAGGUGGGCAAAAGGGGCUCCAACCCAUAGCACAAUUUAUUUAGGGACACUAAAAUUAUUAUUUUUACUUAGUAAUUAAUACUAUAUAGAUAUAUUUCUUAUUAACUCGUUUUGAUUAGUUCUAUUGAAAAUAUAUUUUUAAAUAAUCUUGAUUAUGAAUAAAUUUUUUGCAACAAAAAAUACAUGAAGAAAUACAUUCAAAUGAUUAAAAGGGUAUGUCAUAUCACAUACCAGUGGUUAGACUCUUGGGAGAUUAGAAUUA